CGCAAACCGGAUUUCCGGCAAGGGGGUGUGGGGCGGGCCGGGCGGGUCCUUGCGGAUUUUAGCCAGCUAAUCAGAGCAUCGGCAAUGGAUCCGCCAUGCACGGUCGGGACGGUGUGAUUUGUCUCGAGGCUCCGGAGCGACCGGCGGCUUCAUGCCGAAUGCAACUAAGUCGGAGUCAUGCUGGCCCCGAUCCACCAUCUCCACGACAAGAUGCAAUGAUGUCAUGGCUGCGGUUCAGUGCAUGUCCAAUUGUCACUGCAUUGGCGCCACUGGGAGACCCCCGCAAAUCACAUCAAAGCUGUUGCCUUCGGUGUGUCAAACCUCGGUAAACAUCGGUGCUGACUUCAGAUCAAUGGUUGCUGAUUCGAGGGCGGUGACGUUCCUGAUAAUGUGGUUAAAAGCUUUUCAGGUACCAUGUGGGAUGACGCUGUGGCAGUCGGUAGCUGUCGGUUAUGCCUCUGCGGCAAUGUUAUACACGGCAUUGCUUUCAUUCUUCUAGAAAUGACGUCAAGGGAACAUUCUCGCUGCAUGCAGGGAAGAAUUCAACACCACGAGGAUGACUCCUUACUAACCCGUCAUCUUCUAUUCGAGGACUAUCUCGUGACUGUGAUAUCCCAGCUGAGUGAUGAGUUAAUUGCAAGUGCAUUUCCGUAUCAGGGC